AUAUUUACUACAAACCUAUCUGUCUUCAGUCUGAAAUUAUGGAUAAAUCUCUAGAACCCUACGAGUUUAUACCUGUUGAUACAGAAGGUGAAACCGGUCAAUUUUUUGUUGUCCAAGAAGAUGGCACAUACCUUAUCAACAGACAAGUCCAAUUUGUGACUGAGGUCCAAGAUGUGAAAACUGUGCUAGAUGAAGGGCAAUCUUGUACAGUUUAUGAUGUUUCGGAGCAGCCAUUUUAUGUUGAUGUGGAUAACCCUCCAGAGUUGAUGUCAGUUUCUGAUCAAUUUGUCUUACCAAAUCCACCCAGUAACCUUUAUGCCAACAGUUAUCUUCUUCAGACUAGCACUUCUUCUGACCAGGUACCUACUGACUAUGUGGAGGACAUACCAGAAGUACAAUACAAACCCUUGAAUGCAUCAAUAGCUCUAGAUUUGGAAGCCAAUUUUAGUAAACCAGUCACCAACUGCACUGAGAUUACAUUAACUGAUGAACAGUGUCACAAGUUGGAACAAAAAGGAUGGCUUUUACUUGAUUUAAACGACAAAGUUUUUAUCCUGGACCACACAGGCGGGUUACGUGACAUCACAUCGAAUGAUAAAUUGAUACAAAAAUUAAGAAAUGACGAUACUGAUGUCAAUUUGGACAUAAAACCGCAGUAUAUUAAAAUUGAAAAUAAUUCGAUUCUUCCCGUCACAGAGAAUUUGGACUCACGACCUAAUGACGAAUUCAAUAUUGACAGUGAUUCUGUACAGAAUGAUGUAAAUUUUGGUCAUUUGCCUUUAGUUGUUAAUGAUUCAAACAAAGAUAAUUUACGACAAGAAUCUGCAUUUGAAAACCAGGAACUAGAAGCUACAGAAACUAAUAUCGCAAGUGUAAAUAAAGCCACGGUACCGCUAAGUGAAGAUGUGAAAAUAUUUAUGGUUGAGAGUGAAAGAGACGAGAACACUGAAAAAGUAAAAAAUGCUAUAAAAAUCAAAACUAAAUUAUCACUGAAAGACAUUCCAAAUAGAAUAGUAUUAGGAAAAACAAUUAACGGAAAAACUUUAGUUGCGAGAGUGAAAACCGACGUUUCUUCGCAACAAACAAUUUUCAAAGAUAACAUAGUCAAUGUUACAUGUGAUCCCGAAGAAAUGCUAUUCACUGAUUUCAUAAAACAGGUGAUACAAUACCCUGAGCAACGCAUGACACAAAAAGACUUAAAUGCCAUAGAAAAUAUUAUUAAUCACGUAGCAAAAGCAUCAACAGUAGACCAUUCUAUUAAAUGCGAUGAUUUUUUAUUUAUAACUAAAGUAGUAAAAACAAAUAAAAACAAAGGAAAUAUCGUCAAAACUAAACCAAUUAUUUGGACGGGAAGUGCGAUGGAAUCGAUGGAUCAAUGGCACUUCACACAUUCACCGAACAUUUUGCAAAACCUUCUGUUUUCUGAUGACUGCUCCAGUUCGACUGUUGUACACAUUCAGAUAGUGGAGGAGAUUCAACCGGGGACGAACGUAGUUAAAACAUCAGUCAAUGUUAACAAAAAACAAUUACUGCCAAGUCGGUCUAAAAAAGACCCUGUGUUCGCUUGCAGCGCUUGCGCAUCAAUCUUUCCGUCGGAAGAUGACCUCGAGUUACAUCACCAGGGAUGUGUACAGUCCAUGGAUACCGACGAUCAAUCUGCAGAAGUUGCAGUGAAACCACUGGAAAUAUGCUGUAUAAAGUCUGGCAAAAAUGAAUAUUAUCAAUGCAUGCAGUGCAAUGCCAAAUUCACAAAAAUCAGCGCGUGCAAAAGACACAUGAACACACACUACAGAGGAAGCGAGAAGCGUUCGAACAAUGAAAAAUGUGAAGCGGGAAAGAAACCAAAUAAUGGAAUGCACAAAUGUAAUAUAUGUGGCAGUGUGUUCUUUCAUUCAUCUACACUUUCUAAACAUAUUGUUUGCAGUCAUAUUCAAGUGGUAUCUGAUUAA